AUGUCCCAGCGCGAGAUGCUUCCGAGCAACAGGAAGAUCGGCCGCAAGGAGAUGAAGACGCAGGUGGCGAAGGCCAACCACAUGGACCGGACGGAGAGGACGUUCCAAAAAGUUGGGUUCGAAAUUGCGAAGAUCGAAGAGGAAGACGGGUUGAGAGAUGGCGAGUCGGGAGAGCGUAAAGUAAAAAGAUCAGUCAAGAAGAUGAGUCAAAAGACGAUGAAGACAAGAAGACAGCCGAAGAGGAGACCAUGGGACCCGCAGCGCCCCAGCAACCGAUUCUCCACGACGGUAACCCACAUGCCGACCGAGGAGCGUCAAGGCGCCAAGGAGUGGUUCACCAAGUCUGAGCCAAUCGCCAGCAUUGAGACAACGUUGAUAAGGUUCCUCCCAAGCAAGAUCGAGCGCUUGUGCGAGAUGAUCUCUUCAUCAAACAACUCCAUCAAACAACACAGUAUAGCGAGACGAGUACUGCGAUCCAACAACGUCAAGAAAGUCGUGCUGUCAGACGAGGAUGGCGCAGAGCAACAGGCCGCUGACCAGCAAAUGGCGGCGAUGCAAGCGGCGCUGAAAGUCAAAGAUGAAGAGAGGUGGGCGAAGGAGAUGAAAGUAUGGUUUGCGGACGAUAACACGGUCGCUCUGAGGAGCGUCAAGUAUGGCUCCAUCAAGGCCGGGUACUUCGACCACGGUGCAAAGGAGGUGUACUUCAGAGUCGGCAAGAACAACAAAGUCAUCUUCGCGGCGAAAUACCCAUUUGAGUCGGUCAAGGGUCUGAAGGAGUGUGACUCUGACCAAGUCACCAAGAAGAUGAUGGACGUACCAGAUGCCGACGAACAAGCCUUGGUCAUGCGUUUCCGCGACCAACACAACGGAUUUUUCUCAGCCGUGCGCGCCGACGAGAUCGUUCGACCCGAGGUUCAGCUGGUUUUUGCAUCUCCAAAGUGUCGCAGCGCCGCCUUUGGGUACGCCAAGCGCUUGGGUCGCAACAAGCACCCCCUGACACCCACCAGCACCAUCACUAUCGAGCAGGUGAAGGCUGGCACGGUGUUGUCGACGGCCCUGGCGGAGAAGCAUGGCCUCGAUCCAUACGUUUUCCGGAUGACCGCCGCGCCUGCCGCGGCUCGACUUCUACGUGACUACCACUCCCUUCCCAAGUGGUUCACGGAUGAGCCCGCAUUCGUCGAGGGAUACAUCGUCAUGUAUCACGAGAGCGUCUUUGCACCGGGCGGGAGGGGCAGGAACAAGGACAACCUCAAUCUGGUGGCGAUGCGUGGUCAUCCAGAGCUCUUCACUGAAGAGGGCUUCGCCAACGUCUCCCGCAGCCGAGAUGGUCUGAUUUCCCGUGCCGCUGGUCCUGUCACGCCAAAGACCGCCCAUCCUCGCCUAGAGGUCAUGAGACAGCGAGUGACCGAGGCCAUCAAUGCCUGCAUAGACGGCUCCCGAUCCCCUGAGGCGUCCGCCUGCAUGAUUGGAGACACCUAUCAAGGCCACUGGACGCUGCCCUUCAAUGAAUGCAAGUUCGUCUGGUCCGAAAUUGCAUCUGCUUCUCUUCGAGUCGAUGAGACGUUCGCACCACGAUUGGCCGACCUUUUCAUUGCCAUCAAAGCGCAGCCCGACCUCGUUAAUGCCGCCGGCUACCCAACUGAUAUCGGCGGGAGGUUCUGGAAGGACACUCCGAGCUGGGGUUGGAUGUUCUAUGAACAUGCUUUGGACAUCAAUCCGCUGGAAGUCCAUCCGGAAGUUGACCCUCGGGAUGCGGAUCGGACAUGGCGAGAGCAAGGCUCUGGACUAAUCAGCUGCACUAUGUUUUGUGCGAACCUACUUGUGCGAGCCGACUUUGAGACGCAUAUGGAGAGGUAUGCGCAUGAGGCUAUGGAGGCGGGAUUGGAGCUGGGGUAUGCACUGAACGAGGCGGACAAAAAAAUUGAGAGGUAUUGGGAGAUUUAUUUGCCACCUGCUGCAGCAUGGGUCCUGAUUGCGGGAGAGAGGUUGUACGAGUUGUGUUUUGGGCUCGUGGGAGGUGGCCGACCAGAGGCGAAAUACUGGAGUAAGGACCGAUGGGCGGGAUGGAAGGAGAAGUUCGCGGUGAUGGCUCGGGAAGCAGGGAUCGACGAGGAUGCAAGGUGCAUGGAGUUUGCGAGAAGGGUGGAAGAGAGGAUGGAGAAGAUCGAGGAGGCCGAGGGAAGAGGUUCACCUGCUGCAGUAUUUGAAACACGACUUGCGCAGGCUGAAAGUAUGGCGCCCACCAAGCCUCCGAAGCCCAAGGAACCAACCUCUGACCGUGUCCUUCGCUCUGCGCCACGCAAAGAGGCUGUCGCCACAUCGAAGAAGCCGACAACUCCGAAGAACGUGGCAAGCCCGGAGAAGGUAACAGACAAGAAGCAGCUGGAACCACGAAAACUAGCUGCCCUGAAUGCAGCUUUCCGGGCAGAUCCAGGCGGACCACAGGCGAAGAAGACGGACCCGAUUGAGGACACUACUGAGUCAACCUCGCUUCGAGGUCCCGCCACGGGCCGGGGACUUGAUUGUGGUGGCACUUCGCUGCGUGAAGCAGCCAAUACUGCAGUCACUGUCCCGCAGCCUGUCACAGCUACUCAGGCGUUUCAACGACCAGCGGAUGAAGCUCCAUCUGAGCGAUCAGUACUCGUUACAGAAGAAUCUUCAGCCGAUCUUGCCAUCCCGUCCGUACCUGAUAAACUCCACGCUGUAGAAGCCGAAGUUCAUGGCGCAGACACGAUCCAACCUCCGGAGCAGCCCGUCAAGAUCUAUCUCGACUGGACCUACACCGACAGGUUCUCUCUCCAAGCCGUCAAGUCCUCCUUGGGAGCGGGAUGCUUCAAAGACCACGGAGUCGAAUGCACGCGCGAGAACUGCUUGGUUCGUGCUCGGCUCCUCGAAUUCGAACGAUGCUACAUCGCCGCGAAGUAUCUCAUGGACGAUCCGCUGCAUAUUGUCGUCAUUGAUGGGAUGAGAGAGUGGAUGAAUACCAAGAAUCAGGAACGGUUCGCCGAUCAAGUCAUCGAGCUGGCUUGGUCAGAGACUGAGAGAGGCUGUGGACUUCAGCGAGUGGUACUCGACGGCUAUCUGGCGAAGAUUGAAGCUGCCGACGUCCGCGGCGUUCUUCCAUUCGGGAGGAACAGAGGAGUUGGUCCACAGGACGAGCCGAGGAUGAUCGGUCCGCAGAUGACAUCUUUCCAAAGAAGGAAGCUCAAAAUGGCGCGUGCCAAAAGCCUCGGAGCAAUUCGUGCUAAGAACAUCGCGAAACUGCGCGCCCAAGCUUUAAAGAGGACACCCAAUUCGUCUGAAUCAACGAACGACCCAAUGAGGACCGUGGCUGGAGAUGCGCCUGAACCCGGCGAAGUGAUGGAUGGGCGUGGAGAAGAUCUUCCAGAAGACGCACUCGAUGUCGCGCAGAAUCAAGGAGCCCUGGCAAUGGCACCCGAACCAACACAUGCACCAGUCCGAAGCAAAACGAUCUACCGCAAGGCGAUAGAAGUAGCCGCUGGACUCGAAGAGGAAGUGUUCGUGGUUCACAAUCAUCACAUCUGUGGGAAAUCUCUGUUCUUCAAGGCCGCUGCCUCGGAGGCGUGGAUCGAAGGCCAGCAAAAACGCGUUCUGAUUCCGACCAUCACUCCUCUGGUCUUCAAGACCUACUUGGACUGGGUGUACGAGGGCAAGUUUAUCAUCGAAGACAUCGAGCUGCCUCAAACACACGACUGCGAGGAUGAUGGACACUUUGCGCCAUGCGAAGAGGACUUUUGUCAGGAGGAGGCUACCAUACUCUUCCACGUGAAGUGUUACACAGCCGCGCAAUUUUUGCUGGAUGAUGCUUUCAAGAUCGCCGUCGUGGACGCUCUCCGAGACUUUCUCAACCAGGACGACAACGCCGUGCGAUACUGCGUCCAGGUCAUUGUGAAUGCCUGGCAAAACUGUCAGCGUGGCUGUGGCUUGCAGCGCCUCCUCACCGACAGGUAUGCUGUGGAUCUUCUCUCUGCAGACAUUCAAGAAGUGUUCAGCCAGCAAUGCCCAGACUUCGUCACAGAUCUCGCCUCCCGACUGCUGAACAUGCGUGGCCGGGAACUCCAACAUCUCCACCCCGGCUCCGUGCACAAGUGCUUCUAUCAUGAUCACAAAGGCAACGAACCCUGCGCGACGAUUGUGAUUGAUUAG